GAUUCGCCGGUUCUCGGAAGUCGACCGACCAUGUUUUUGAAAUAUUUUGCCGACUAGUUGGAGUUAAGUUUCAAGUAGACUCAAAAUUAUUGCUAAGUACACUUUUUAUUGAAAAUGGGGCUAGAUCAGUAUAAAGUGGAUGUGCUCCACUACAUUAAUCCCUACUUAAUAUGGGUGGUAGUUCACAAAGAAGGGGAGGAAGAUAAGUUUUUCUUCGAACAAAUUGGAAUUUAUGGGAUUAUGCCUCAAAAUGUAACUAUUGGAGAUGAUUGCGUGGUGAAAACUGAGUCUUGUUCUACGUGGAUGCCAGCAUCAGUUAUUCCAAUGAAGAAAGCAUUACGAGAAGCCGCCGAGGUUUGGUUUUCUCCAACCUAUAUCGACAAAAAAACAUCCAUUUUCGAAGACAAUAUUCACAAGUAUGGAGAGCUGAUAGUUAUUCUUAAAGAUGGUAAAGAGGUCAACAUACUCAAUGAAAUUGUCGACACUGGCUUCGGAUUUGAAGACGAGUGUCUUUUCCACAAGGAAUUGCGGGACAACCAACUUGAUACUAGACUCGACUACCUAACCAUACAUGAAGUAAUUAAGCAAUUAGAAGAGGGCUAUAAAUCUCGAAAAAUACCGAAGGAUAUAUGGCUAGAAGUCUUAAAAAGCCAAACAUUUGUACUACAUGAAGCUAAGAUGAUAGAAACCAGUCUAGCUUCACGUAAACUUCAUAUAACUGAUGGCCGUAAUGUUGAAACUGUUCUUAAAAACAAGCUGAACGCUUUGAAGCUUUGCAAAGAUGUAGACGAGGAUUCCGUUGGAAUAGCCAGCACCUUUAGGAGUUCUAGACCUUCUAGUGUAGUUAGUGUAGCUAUGAAAAAGAAGUUGGACUGGUUGCGAUCACAGAAAAUUGAAAACCGAAAAGUACAUACGGUAGAUGACAGUAUCAAAAACAAAAGUGAUUUUGAUGACCAAGUUGAUAAUCCAAAACCUGCAAACAAGGUUUUAUUUGACGGCGAUAGCAACAAUAAUCAUGAGACCAAGCUUGCGUCAUCAGGCAAAAAACAGCGGUGGCAACCUACAGAAGACAAUCUCAUAGCCAUUGGUCCAGCAGGCCUCCCUUUAAAUAAGUUUUCACGUAUGUUAAAACCUCAAAAGGAAGAAGAUUUACAAGCUUCUGAAAAAAAGAAGGCAGAAGAAAGAAAGCCAGAAAUUGAAGUAGAAGAAGAAAAAAAUCCAGACGUGUAUGCAAACACAGACUCUGAGGUAAACUUGAAAAUAACUAAUUUGGAUAUUUUAAAGAAAAUUAAAGCACAAAAUGUUUUGCCUAACGAUGAUAAAUGUGACAGUAAAACUGCUAGUCCAAAUAGUGCAUUGACUGCGUUGAGACGUAAAAUUAAAUAUCUCGAAGAAAAAAAAGCUAAAAUGAAUGACAGUCUAUCUUCGAUUUCUGAUAGGGAUAGUUCCAAAUGUGAUUUAGAGUCUGACGCUGAAAGUUUAACUGCACUAGAAGAGGAAUUCAGUCGUAAUAGAUCAAAAAAAGUUGUUAACCCUGACCCGGAACCACUACAUUUUGAUGUAGAAGUAAAUAAAUGGAAUGUUAACCCAUUUAGAAACUUAGACGGUAGUAUCUCAAUAUUCGUUGACAAGUUAGUCAGUCCUGUUUUGAUGGUACAUACUAAGAAAAAUAACCGCAUACAACCAGUUAGUAAUAUGAGGGAUAUUCCUUUUGGGGACGAUAUUCAUAUGGUACUUAAGAAUAUGGGUAUUGAGAAGCCGAUGAGACCUCAAACAGUUUCCUGGCCUACCAUAAUGCGUGGGCACAGUUUCUUCCUAAUCGGUCCUUAUAACAGUGGUAGUACUAUGGGCUAUUUACCAGCUGUGUGCCGGUUAGUCAGCGAUUACAAGAACAUGCCCAACAAUUUCGGUCUGAGCUGCAUCAUAGUUUGCGCGACCUCUCACUCUGUGACAAACGUGGAAACUGUUUGCAAAAUGUUUUUACACAGAGCGAAGAUUCUCGCUUGCUUCGCUGGCAUGAGUGACCUUGAUAUUACCACCUCACUUUUAAAUGGAUGCGAUAUUCUCAUCUGCACUCCUACUAUGCUAGUCCGUCUGAUACAAGAAGAUUUUAGUCUCGAUCUUCAUAAUCUAUCCACUUUUGUCGUAGACGAUUGUGAACGCGUAUCCAAAGUUUACACAAAGGAGCUUAAGUUUUGCCUUCUUAAGGUUAUGGAUAUUGUUAAAAGCCGAGCUAAUAAAGAGUGGAAAGUUCAGUAUGUAAUCGUUUCGAGGGUAUGGUGUGAUUUUAUGUCCACUCUUGCUAGGAAAGCACCGGAUUCCGUGAUAUGCAUCAGCGCAUUCGAAGAGUGUGUCCCUUAUACUAAAGUACCUACUUCAGUAGAAUUUGUUAAACAAGAGAAUAAAGUAGAGGCAGUUAUCAACUUUUUGAAAGACAUUGACAGGUCGAAGAUGUCUGUUAUAGUUUGUAGAACUGACGACGAAGUUAAAUUACUCGUAAAUACUUUGACGAAAUUGAAGUAUGUAGUGUUCUCCAGUGACAGCACAAUGACGGUGCAAGAUUUGUAUAAUUUAGAUAAAGCCUUGAAAGAUUAUGAAGAACCCGUUUCUGGGCCUGUUUUGGUGUGCCUUGACGGGAAUUUGACCCAUCUGAACGUAACGAACGCUGUCUAUUUGAUUCAUUAUUCAUUGCCCAGUCUAUAUUCUAUGUUCUGCAAAAGAUUUGCUGUAUUAAUUGAUAAUUAUCCUUCCGUAUUUAAAGACGAAGAGACCAAGAUAAAAAUUAAAAUAUUACUCGACGAUACUAAUAUAGAACAAUUGCCAAAGAUUCUUCAUUUUAUCAAAAGAUGUACAAAUAACGUAUCACCAGUAUUAAAUGAGAUUAGCUCAACUGUUUUAUCUGAAAAAAAUCUAAAGAAAGCUCAAAACUUUGUGCCAAUUUGCAAAAAACUUUUGUCACUAGGUAAAUGUCCAGAUUUUUGGAACUGUAUGGAAAGACAUGCUAUAUUUAAAGAUUACGAUACACCGAAGGCUUGGAUGCCGAAAGAAGGUACUAUUAUCUUCCAAAUACUGCACUAUCACUCAGCUAUAUAUUAUUCUGCUAGAAUAACAUCUUGUAUCACUAAAUCGAAUACCGUAAAAUACGCACAAACUUAUAGCUUGUUGUCGUUCAAAAUGGGGAUGUAUUUCAGUAAAGAAGAAAAUAGGAGGCUGUACGGUGUUCCUAAAGUCGGAGACAUAUGCGCGGUUACCUUAAAACAGAAUCUGUUUGCUCGUUGCCAGAUCGCUAAAGUAUUAAAAACCACAAACAACAGACCUACUCUUUUACUAGUUAAACUUAUCGACGAAGAAAGGUACGAAAUAGCUCGCGACACCUGGCUCUACUGUUUGCCAGAUGAGUUAAAGGGUAUAGAAACCCACGUAGUUACCGUCAUACUGGCUAAUCUUAUACCUCAGGAUAAAGAUGUAACUUUCUCCAAGCUAGCUGAGUACCAGUUAAAAAGAAUCACUGAGGAAAAGGAAGAUCUCUAUAUGAGGGGUCAAAUAAAAAUGGUCGUUGGUAAUGUAAUUUUAGUAGAUACACUGGAAGCGUGUCAGAAUCUGUCGUCCUUAGAAGAAGUGGUAGUCUAUUCUGAUUUUCGAAAGGAACUCUUGGAUAAUCACGCUAUGCAAAAUCCUGAUCAUAUUAAAAAUUUGCGUAAAAUAUGUGAUUAUGCUUGUGAAGAGAUUAAAGAAGAACCCAUUCGCAUUGAAGUGCCAAAUCCUAUUAAAAUACUGCCUAAACCCAGAUGGGCACAUUUGGAGAGCGGUCAAUUUUCUUCAGUUUUCUUUGUUGAUGCUGAGAGUCCUUGGAAAUUCUUUGUGAGGCCAGUUAAAUUUGACUCGUGUUUAAACACCUUAGUAAAUGAUAUUAAGCAGUAUGUUAAUGAAAAUCCCGAGCCUGUAGAAAACGUAAAUGUUGGAGACAUAGUUAUAGCUGAACUGCCCGGUGAUGCCACUUAUGAAAGAGCUAGGAUAGAUAGUGAAGUUAAAAAUGGUAAAGUCAAAUGUUUCUUUGUUGAUCAAGCUGAAUCAAGUGAGGUUUCUGUUAAUAAAAUACUUCCGAUCACUGAAAAACUCAUUACGCGAUUACCGUUCCAAGCUAUAGAAUGUAGGUUAAUAGGUAUUCAACCAUUCGGUGAUAGUUGGACGGACUUUAGCACCAACUUCUUCGUAGAUUCGUGUUUCGAUUCACUCGAUAAACACAAACAAUUGUACACUAAAUAUUUCACUAAAGAAAAAGCUGAAUUUACUGAAGGUCACAAAUACGGCGUUGUCCUAAUAGACACGUAUUCCACAGAAGAUGUUAUUAUAAACCAGAUGUUAGUCGAUAAAAAUUUGGCUGAGGAAAACGAAGAAUUUGAGCUGCUACACAAUUUAGGUUUUGAAAGAAAGUCAGAAGAAUCGUCUGAUUCUGAUAUUGAUGACGCACCGGAGCAGAAAAGUGUGGCUUUACCUCCAAUACGGCCAGUAAUAACUUCUGAAGUAAAUAACAAACCUAAUUCCAUGAAACCCUCAAACACUAUUAUUAGAUCAGUUCCAUUAGUAGGAUCGGAUGAUGAUUCCGAUGAAUUUGAACUGGUUUCUGAUGAUAAAGGGAAACUAUCUUCUAUCCCUUUAGCCGAAGUUGUGGGCAUAACAGAACUUCCCGAAACGGAAUGGAAUGAUAAUACUUUAGCUGCCCCUAUAGGAGAAACAGAAAUUAAGCUAGACAAUAAACCUAUUUUACAAGCAGAAAAUAUUAAGACUGACGAACUUAGCAAACCCAAAUUGCUUUGGUGCCAAAACAAUAAUACGGUUACAAUAAAAAUCAAAAUAAUAGUUGAUGAAUACGACCUUGUUAUUAAAGAGAGGUAUAUCAAGUUUUCAGCUGACGCAAAUGAUACAAAAUACGGUUUCGAUUUUGAGUUGUAUGGCGUUGUGAAUUUGAAUAAAUCUUUUCACUCAAAUAAAGGUCAGUACAUACUAGUGAAGCUAUGGAAAGUAUUAGCAAGUAACUGGCUGUCUUUAACUAGCGAUGUUGCUGUAAAAAAAUGGAUAGCUUAUGACAUAGAGAACAUAGAAGUUACUUCUGAUGAAGAAUCAGUUAUUCUAGAUGACAGAAAAAAAAUGUUGCCUGAACAAAUUGAUAGUGACAGCGAUGAUAAUCUGGAAGAUGAUAUUACAUUUUCUUAUUAACCGAGGGAGUCGUGGUGGCCUAGUACGCAAAGAACCAACCUAUCUUGUAUAAGUACCAAUGCAACUUUUCUAAGUUUGUAUGUACUUUCUUAAUAAAUCUUAGACACCAAUGACUGUGUUUCGGAUGGCACGUUAAACUGUAGAUCCCGGCUGUCAUUGAACAUCUUUGUCAGUCGUUACGGGUAGUCAGAAGCCAGUAAGUCUGACACCAGUCUUACUAAGGGGUAUUGAGUUGCCCGGGUUGAGGAGGUCAGUUAGGGCAGUCGCUUCAUGUAAAACACUCGUACUCAGCUGCAUCCGGUUAGACUGGAAGCCGACCCCAACAUAGUUGGGAAAAGGCUUCGGAGGAUGAUGACGAUUAGUUGUCCUGUGUUUCACCCCCGUCCCGAAACUACUGCCCGUACCGUAAUAAAAUAUAGCCUAUGUUACUCGGGAAGAGUGUAGCUUUCUAACAGUGAAAGAAUUUUCGUCGGUUCAGUAGUUUUGGAGCAUUUAGGGUACAAACAAUAGGCUAUUUUUCAUCCCGGUAAGGGCAACAGUUUUCACAGGACAAGGGUGAAAAACCUGGAAAACGACUAACCGUGAAAAAUAAACACAAGCUUUCAUGACUUUUGUAUAUAUUUUUUAAUUUUAUAUUUUUACUUUAACUGUAAGUAAAUUGUGAUAUGGCAAUGAAAUUGCAUGAUGAGAAAGUAAUUUUAAUUUUAUAAUUAUCUCUCUUAUGUUUAUUCAAACGGGACAGAAUUAUUUUACACUAGAUUUUGCCCGCGUCUUCGUUCGCGUGGAAUUGUGACUUCCAGCAGUUUUUUGGUUUUAAAUUUUAUUAUUUGUAAUAAAAACUAUCCUAUGUCCUUUCUUAAGUUCUAAACUAUGUCUGUACUAAAUUUUACACAAAUCGGUUCAGUAGUUUAGGCGUGAGGAAAAGACCUAGAUCCUAUUAGGAUAGUUUUUAUUACAAAAAAGAAAAUUUAUCCCGGACCUACAGCGCCAUCUAUUGGUCAAACCGGAAUCUGCCGAAAUCUGCCGGAAGUCACGCGAAAGAAGUCGCGGGCAAAAUCCAGUAUAGAAUAAAUUGGGUUGCUCACCGAUCCGGUAUCCACUUGAAAGGCUAUCAAAAUAUGUAUAUGGUACAUUUUUAAAUACUAAUUUAGAGAAUACAUAGGUUUACAAAAAUAUUGUUGCAUUAAUUUUUUGUUUUUUAGUUUAGGUAAAUAAGCACAAUAUUGUUAUUUCAAAGCAACUUUUAACCGAAUUAUUCCUAAAAAGUUCCUUUUUAGACCUAGUCUUAAAUAUAUAUAGCUUUUAUGUAAUUUAAUUUAAGCUUUGCUAUCUUAUUUUAUUAAGGGCUCCUACACAAAACUGCGAUGCGAUGUAAUUUUUGCCUUGAUUUUUGAGAGUCGUGGUAGCCUAGUGGGUAAAAUCAGCCAGCUGCGCAGGACAUAUUAUAGUGCACGGGCAUUUGCGCAGACACAGGUGCACUCACUAUUCCUUCACUCUCAUAGCCCGAUGGGACGGCAAUCCGACACGACCGGAAAGAGAUCAGGCGCAGCACCGACAGUAAGGUGCUCUCUGAUGCACGGGUGAAUCAAUCACCAACUUCCAGACUAAGGCCGCUAUGUGCAAGUUUAGAAAAACCCACAAAGCAAUUUCGACCCGACCCGUGCAUCGGAGAGCACGUUAAUGUCGGUCCUGCGCCUGAUCUCUCUCCGGUCGUAAUUGAUAUAUGCAGCUGGCUAAUUUAUGAAAAACAAUUGCCGUGACCGCGGUCUAGACGCCAUUUUGUAAAACAUAUCUAUACUUAUAAUAAAUCUGUAGAGAGGUCAAUUCUGUAAAUUAAAUAUAUUUCCAAAAUAUCUGGGGGUGAUUAGUGAUCGAUACUGAUGCCAAAAAUGCAAUCAGUAAAAUUGUUGUCUGUACGUAUGUUCGUUAUAGAAACAAAAACUACUCGACGGAUUUUAAUGAAACUUGGCACAAUAUUCUUCAUACUCCUGGGCAGGUUAUAUGAUACUUUUCAUCACGCUACGAUCAAUAGGAGCAGAGCAGUGAAGGGAAAUGUUAGGAAAACAGGAGAAGUUACUCAAUUUUUUAAGCUUCCGUCGCGUGUGCAGCCUUAAUGGUUAAAGCUAUACAGAAACCAUGUAUGACGAAAAUGUUGUCCUUUAAAUUAUGUAAAAAAUAUCCCACGAUAGCAUAUUAUUUUUGCGGCUCGCGGCGCGGUGGCUACGCUAUAUUUGGCUGUUGAUGCAAAUAGAUAGAUGUUCAGAUUGUUCGACCUUAUUGAUUGGCAAUGAUUGAUAUUAACAAAACCGUGCUUAUCAGCGCCACUUUUAGUCUUUAAAUAAUAUUUUUUUAAGUUUCUUUUAAAAAAUACGUCAGUAUUAGUUAUUUUGGUAGCGUUUAAAAUUAAAAAACCUAAAAAAAAUUGUUUACAUUUCUUUUUUAGGUUAAGCAGUAAUAGGCUAGGUACGCAUAGAUUUAGAUAAUUAGAUAGGCUGGUGAUUAUUAUUUCUUCCUCUCUUUACACAAAGUCCAAAUACAUAUAUUACACAUAUCCAUAUAUUUUUAAAUAUUAGAAAUAAAUGGACCUAUAUCGGGCACAGAGUCCAAGGUCUGUGGUUAGGGCCCCAGAGACAGAAACAUCCUCACAAUUUGCUCUGUUUCAAGGAGUACCGCCUUCUGAAUCAGUCCCUUCACUUACGAGAGCCUCAUAAGGUUUUAUUAAUAAUUUCAUUUCUAUAAAUCAUUUAAAAUAACAACAAAAUCGUUAUUUCCCUUAUUUUCUAACGAAUGAAGAACGCUGCGCCCACAGCGGGGGUCAUUUGAUGAUGUAUAAUCAUCGGCACGAAUCUUGAGCGCUGACCUUCACCUGCGCAGAAGUGAUUUUUUUUGCCCCUUUUGUGGUAUGAAGUGAGGCGCGGGGGCGUUCUAAGGCGGUGAUUGGCCCACAGCGCAUCGCGUCAUAGCCGUUACUCGGGAUUGGUUCUUUGCUAAUAAAUCACAUCUGCGUAGGUGAAGAUCAGCGCUCAAGAUUCGUGCCGAUGAUUAUACAAAAUGCUCCAGGGAGAGGACUUUUCCUCAUCUCCGGUCGGCAAACGAUGACGAGGGAUUGGUCUCCCGCCUCUGGCUUGCCUUCAUUGGCCGUCCAGAGUGGAGUCUCUAGAGCAGGGUUAGUAGCUCUGCUAGGAGGAAUGCCUCGUGGUAGUCCGCCCACGUCCGAUAUCGGUGACCGAUUUUUUGUAGGAGAAAAAGAGAACACUGAUAGCGAAAAAGCAACGCACAUUUCCUGCAAUAACUUAGUCAGAAAAUCCUUAUUUAUGUAUUCAAGAAGCAAAACAGAACUAUGAAAUCUCUUCCAGAAAGCCCAUUAUGGGAGAGUUAGAGAAAAAAGAGAAACGUCGGGAUUAAAUAUGAUUAAAUAUAAACGCGAUAAAAUCUGUAAAAGAGAACCUUAUCAGAUAGCCCUACAAAAAAUCUGAUGUGGGCAGACAGCCUAAGCGGCGAGUGGGUCUAUCAUGCUGGGCAAGCGCUCGAUCUGAGUUAAAAGUCCAACGUGGUGUCUUCACCACCCUUCAGCCGCUCCUGUCCCCGUUGCCCUCUUAUUGUAAGUUUCGCGGCCUUUUCCCAGGGCGUCCUAAGUGAGCUGGCGAGCCUCCACCUGCCAUUUUCACGUUUAUUUUAUAAUUUUCCAACUAUUGAAGUUGUUUUCUAAGUUAUCCUUUAAGUUCCCUUUAAAUUUUUCCUCUUUUUACUUACUAGUGGGACUCGGACUUAUCCACCAAUGAUCCCUUUUUUGACGUCCUACCGCGACCUUUUCGGCUUCGUGAGGUGCGUUCAGAAUUGCCGCCCUUUUCUGAAGCUUAUUUUUGAGACUUAACGAUUUCUGCCAACCGGAAUCUUGAGAUAGCUUGUUCCCUUAUCCCAUUUUUGAGGUCGGUGCAGCAUGUUUUUUUCCAUACUCUUCUGUAUGCCGUCAUCUUGACUUUAUCAUGCUGCAUUGGUUUCGGCUAAAAUUUUACUAGGUUGAAAACUUAUCAUACUGGUUUGAAUACCACAUGGAAUCGCCACUUAGAGGUAGAACAAAUAUGCAAAUAUUGUGUUUCUACCUUCGUGCGUGCAUAUCAGAAAGCGCAUAUUAUUUUCAUAAAUA